AUGAAAGAAUCGCUGCUGAAUGUUCUACGGCCUUGUUUGGAUGACCUCGAGAAGAAAGCAAACGUGCUUCAACAAAAAUGCCUUGCAAAGCACAAUCCUGCUGCGGUAUUUGUAGCCCAGCCACUGUUCGUGGAUCAGAGUCAAAACAUGGAGUACUCUUCCGCAAUCGAUGAAAUACUCAACGAUCGUACAGAACAAACUUAUCAGCAGAAAGCGUUGGAUGCUCUAGAAGGUCUUAGAGAAUUUUCGACGAACGAAUCUCUUUGUUCAAGCGAAAAACAGGAAAGGAUUAAGAACUGCCUAAUCGACGUCUUCGGUGCUGUAGCGCGGCCGAAUGCUCAAUCGAACGUGCUGUUGAGGGCGAUGGAGGCAGAGAAGCAGUACGACGAACACUGCGCACAGCACCGAGCUUGCAACGACAAGUAA